AUGGCGCGGAUACACAAUAGAGGGAAAGCCAAUGGAGCCGUGGGGGUGGAUAGCAUCAAUGCCAACUCGACGGCAUCCGUCGACAAGGCCGAGAAGCUAGCCAGCAAAGCAAAGCCCAAGCCAGUCCCGCUCAAGCUGAAACCGACAAAGGCUGACCGGAAAGGCGUUGCCAAUGCCUUCGAACGACAUGCCCAGGUCAUCCACGCCAAGGUAGAACCACCGGCGAGCCAGGCCGGUGCGGGUACCGCUCCGAGACGAUGGGGCAAGCUCAGCACCGUCCUGAAGACACUGCGGUCAAAUGCUCCAGAUUGGAAGACCCUGAAGACAAUGAUACUGAAAAAAGUGAAGGGCGAGCUUUUGACGGACGACAAGACCAUGCUCAUGGAGCACAUCAUUCAGCUCGUCUCGAACCUGCCCAGCGACUCGAAACUCCGGGUUGAACUGACCAACAACUUCCUGAGCGAGCUCUGGUCCUCGUUGGAGCACCCGCCUCCCCGGUAUCUCAGUGACAAGUACAAGUACCGCCAAGCUGACGGCUCGUACAAUAACAUCAUGUUUCCGCAGCUCGGCGCGGCCGGAUCAGUAUAUGCGCGUUCCGUGAACGCCAGCGUCUUGCGACCGGGCGCGCUGCCGGAUCCGAACCUGAUCUACGACUCUGUCAUGAAGCGGACCGAGUACAAAAAGCAUCCGAACAACGUGUCGAGCAUUCUCUGGUACUGGGCGAGCAUCAUCAUCCAUGACUUGUUCUGGACAGAUCACAAGGACAUGAACCGAUCCAAGACGUCCUCCUACCUGGACCUGUCUCCCCUUUACGGCAGCAACCAGGAGAUGCAGGAUACCAUCCGGACGUUCAAGGACGGCAAGCUCAAGCCCGACUGUUUUGCCGACAAGCGUCUGCUCGGAAUGCCCCCCGGCGUCGGCGUGUUGCUGAUCAUGUUCAACCGCGUUCACAACUACGUCUGCGACAAUCUCAUUGCCAUCAACGAGGACGGCAAAUUUACACCGGCAUCUCCGAAUCUUACAGGAGAGGAGGCGGCGACCGCUUGGAAACGGUACGACAACGACCUCUUCCAGACCGCUCGCUUGAUCACCUCGGGUCUGUACAUCAACAUCACCUUGUUGGACUACGUGCGGAACAUUGUCAACGACGACAAGUGGAUCGAGGAGUUCUACUACGACUUGUUUGGCAAACCGGGCUCCGAGGUUACCGUUCAAGACCUCAUCAUGGGCUUCGCCAAGUUCGAGAGCAGGCUUCCCGAGGACCCCCUCGAGCGCCCGUUCAACGGGUUCAAGAGAGGACCUGAUGGCAAGUUCGACGACGACGACCUGGUGGAAUGCAUCACGUCCGCCAUCGAGGAUUGUGCCGGCUCCUUUGGUGCGCGGAACGUUCCCGCAUCGAUGCGCGCCAUUGAGAUUCUGGGCAUCAUCCAAGGCCGCAAGUGGAACGUUGCUGGCCUGAAUGAGUUCAGGAGACACUUUGGCCUCAAGCCCUACGAGACGUUCGAGGACAUCAACUCGGAUCCCGGCGUUGCCGAGGCGCUACGCCGUCUGUACGACCAUCCCGACUUCGUGGAACUCUACCCGGGCCUGGUCGCCGAGGAGCACAAGCAGCCCAUGGUUCCCGGUGUCGGCAUUGCGCCGACUUACACCAUCUCCCGUGUCGUCUUGUCGGAUGCUGUCUGCCUCGUCCGCGGCGACCGUCACUACACCGUCGAUUACAAUGCCCGCAACCUCACUAACUGGGGCUACAACGACGUCCAGUAUGACCUCAGUAUCAAUCACGGCUGUGUGUUCUACAAGUUGUUCAUCCGGGCCUUCCCGCAUCACUUCAAGUACAACUCGGUCUAUGCGCACUAUCCGAUGGUGGUCCCCGCGGAGACCCAGAAGAUCUUGAAGGACCUCAAGCGCGAUCACCUGUUCGACUUUAGCCGUCCGACGCGCAUCGCCCAGGACGUCGAGUGCACAUCGGUCGAGGCGGCCCGACGGGUGUUUGCCAGCCCAGACAAGUACAAGCCGUCGUGGCAUGCCAGCGUUGACGCCCUUGCCCCCGAGGGCAAGUCCAAGCUGUCGGCCGACGCCGCUAUCCACGACCGCCACCGGCGCGAAGUCAGCCAGCCGUUGGCCACUGCUGACUUUGUAUCUCAAGUCAAGGCAUUCUAUGCCACAGUGACGGAGCAGUUGCUUGACAGCCAGAGCUAUCAUCUUGGCGGCCUCAAGCUCGCGGAUCUUGUCCGCGACAUUGGCAAUAUCGCGCCCACCCGCUUCGUCUCCGCGCUGUUUAACCUGCCGUUGCAGACCGAGGACAACCCCAAGGGCAUCUACCGCGAGCAUGAGCUAUACGUCGUGCUAUCUGUCAUCGCGGAGGCCGUCUUCACCAACCCCGAUCCGGUCAAGAAAUUCCCCUUGUUCGAAGCAGCCAAGACGGUGGCAGCACAGCUGGCCUCCGCGGUUGAGCGGACCGUCAAGAACCCGAAGGCGAAGAAGAAGGACCCGCUGAGCACGUAUGGCGCCCGGCUCAUCAAAGGCCUGUCUAAGGCCGGCCUUAACACUCACGACAUCACCUGGGGCCACGUCUUGACUUCCAGCGCGGCUAUUGCCCCGUACCAGGCCAAACUUUUCGCCGAAGCUGUCGACUUCUACCUCUCGCCCCGCGGCGCCCCUUAUCUGGAGGCAGUCCGGUCUCUCGCCGCCCAGCCGGCGUCCGAGCAGGCCGAUUCCCUUCUGCUAGGCUACGCUCUUGAAGCUGUCCGCCUCUCAGGGUCCACAAAGCUGCACUUUGAGGCCACCGCGGCCGACUCGCUCCCUGCAGAGGACGGGACCCAGAUUCAAGUCCAACCGGGCGACCGCAUCGCCGUUACAUCCUCCGCCGCCUCCGACUCGGAGGUCGAUCCCUCGCGCCCCCGCGAGAGCUACGUCCACCUCGCGGGCCUGCCCAACAGCUCGUUCCUGGGCACCCGCGAGAUCGGCUACGCCGCGCUGACCGCGAUGUUCCGCGCGCUCUUCAGGCGCCCCAACCUCCGGCGCGCCCCGGGCCCGCAGGGCGAGCUGAGGAGGGUCGUCGGCGUCGACGGCGCCAGCCCCGGUGCCGUCGAGUAUCUGCGCGAGGACUGGGGCGUCAAGGGCCCGUGGCCGGUCACGAUGAAGGUCUGCUGGGAUGAGAAUGUCUGAAUCCCGGCGGCAGAAUGGACACGGAGGUGUGUGGCUUUGGUGGUUGUACGUAAUGUUAUGUGGGCGGAAGUGUUGUGCAGAAACGGGGUGGAUCUGUUGUUGUAAUUAGGAUACGGUAAUUAAUCAUUUAUCGUAGGAGUGUAGUAGGGCAGAUGCAGGGGAAGUUGAUACCAAUUUUUUUU